AUGUCAUCAGCUAAGCCUAUAGAUACUCUUAGUGCUUUAAAUGCUCGUUUGUCAUUUGUGCUUUCACCACAGUCUGAAGCUGAGAAGAAGUACAUGUCUCGAGUUUCUUAUGCUAGUACAGUGGGAAGUUUGAUGUAUGUUAUGGUCUGUACUAAGCCUGAUCUUGCCCAUGCUAUUAGUGUUUUCAGCAAGUUCAUGGGCCAACCUAGAAAGGAGCAUUGGCAAGCCGUUAAAAGGAUUUUUUGUUAUUUUAAAGGUACGUUUGAUGUUGGUCUCAUUUAUGGGAAUUUCACAGAGUGUUUGGUGACCGGUUAUUCUGAUUCUGACUAUGCUGGAGAUGCUGACAGUAGGAGGUCUAUGACUGGCUAUGUGUUCACUCUGGGUGGUUCUGUUGUUAGUUGGAAGGCAUUCUUACAGCCUACAAUUACUUUUUCUACUACUGAAGCAGAAAACAUGGCCUUGACAGAAGCUGCUAAAGAGGAAAUAUGGCUGAAGGGGUUAGUUGGUGAUCUUGCUUUACAUCAUGACCAGCUAUUGUAUAUUGUGAUAGUUUAA